AUGACUUCCGGACUCUCAAGCCGUCACCUUGCGACAAGAGCCGGCUUUCCGAUGGUAGCGAUGUGCCGGCACGCUAGCGGAGGUGGUUUGAAUGGAGACACAUCAUUUUGGUGGGAUCACUGCAGGUCUACCAAGAGCCGGUGCCCAUUGGCCCCCAAGACAGGUCCUGCCCGGUGUUGCUGCCGGGCCGUGCCCGCGAAGCUUUCAGGGUCCAUCGGCUCACCAGAUCUGAGUCUUGAGCCUCCCAGCGGUAGAAUUCAUGGCUCCAAGCGGCCCGGAUGCCGGAUGCCGGCCGCGCUGCGGGCGGCGGAUCGGCGCAGCAUGCCGAGCGGUGACGCUUUGAGGUUGAGCGCCUUCAUCAAGGAAUGUCGCAGGACCUUGGCGUGGGCCGCGCUUUGUCACCUCCUUGAGAGGAGGUCGACCAUCUCUGCCGAUGUCGUGGCCCUCUCGGCCGCCAUGAAUCUCUUUGCACAGGCGCAGCAGUGGUCUCGUGCCCUUCAGCUCCUUCAGCGAGCUCCAGCCGAGGAGAUCUGUCCCAAUGAGCAGAGCUACCACGCGGUCCUCACGGCAUGCGACAAGGCGAGCGCGGACGCGUGCGACGCGAGCUCUGGGUGCUCCUGGCGCAGGGCAUUGCUGCUCUUCCUGCAGAUGUGUGAGGCGCGACUGGAGGCGAACCCCUUCGUGCAGUGCGCGGUGGUGAGCGCGGUUGGUUCGGCUCCCAGCUCUCCGUGGCCCUGGACGCUUCACUGCCUCCAGCCGACGUGGGCGCCCCUGGCGGCGCGCAACGCGGCGGCGGCCGGCGUCGGAAAGCGGGGCCGAUGGCGGGUGGCUGAGGAGGUCCUGAUGCGACGAUCCAUCCAGUUGGAUUCCAUCAGCUUCAACUCUUUGGCAGAUGUCUUUGUGAAAGGUUCUCUUUGGCAGCUGAGCCUGAAUUCGAUCAAAGAGAUGACUCAGCAGCAGCUGCAAGUGCAACGGAUCACGGACAACACCGCCUUGAGCGCCUAUGAGUGCGCCUCCCUGUGGGCUGCGGCGUCUGCUGCGCUGAAGCCUCGCGGCUUCAACGAGGUGAGCCUUGCUGUGGUCCUGAAAAGCUGCCCUUGGCGUCAGGCGACAGACCUCGCGCGCCGCAUGCCCAUGCAGGCACUCCGGCCCAAUGCCAUCAUACAGGGCUCGCUGAUGGCGUCUGUAGGACGCCAGCGGACUCUUUGGCACAGGGCGUUGAGAUGCUUGGGAAGACCUCUCAGCCUCCCCGCUGGCAACGCGGCGCUGGGAGCCUUGCGGAAAGACAGCUCUUGGCGCUUGUGCCUGGCGCUCGCCGACGACCUGCUGCUGCAACGCCUCCCCUCCGACGCGGUGGGGCGGACGGAGCUGGUGACGGCGGCCAUGAAGGCGGAGGCUUGGCCAGCCACGAUCGCACUCUUGGAGGUCCCUGGUGCUCGGGUCUCCGAGCCUCGGGAAGUCCGGUCUUUGCCGGAGCUGGUGGCCUUGCUUUACUCAGCAGCCAGUCUGGGCGGUGACAUCAGCUUGCUGGGUGCUGAGUUGGAUCUGGUGGAACAGCGGUUGCACUCGGAGCGGCUCAGUGUCACCAGCCUGGCCAGCUUGGCGUGGGCCUGCGCCACCCUGCAGGCCGCGAACGGCCUCAAACUGCUGGACCUGGUGGCCCAGCAGCUGCUUUGCGCCGAGGGCUCCGACGGCUCCGCCGACGCCGACGUGGCGGAAGCCUGGGUCACCUGCAGCUGGUCCUUUCACAUGCUGGGCCUCACCUCCUUGGAGCUCCCGCAGCUCCAGCGGCUGCGCCGUGCCCUGCUCCGCCUGGGCGCCGCGCGCGACGCGCGGCAGCGCCGCCCGGUGCUGCCGGCGCUGCCGUUGGGGACGGUACGGAGGUCGGUGCAGGAGGAGCCUCGGCUCCUCCUGGACUUGCCGGAUGCCGUGGUCUUUCAGAAACCCAGCGGCUACCAGAUCGACGACCGAGGACGCGGUGCGGACCCGGAGGCCCCGGAGGACCGGGGCAAUGCCGCGCUCUUUCUGGAAGCCAUGGUGCCGCCAGGGCGCUCCCCGAUCAGUGGUGAUUUGGCUUGCAAGUUGGGCUUUUUACACCGCUUAGACUUGCCAAGCUCCGGGCUGAUCUUGUGCGCCACCAACUACAGGAACUACUACGAUCUCCGGUUCCAGUUGGCGACCGGACACCUGCGACGCGAGUACAUCAUCCUCAGCCACGGCCUCCUGAGCUCCCGCGUCAUCCGCGCACCGGUGAGCUGGAGCCGCGCGUCGGUCGCGCGGCACGCGCGCACGAGGGUGGAGCCGCGUGGAUGGCCAGUCUUCACACAGCUCACGCUUCGUUCCCACCGGCGCUCACCGAGCCCGCUGCGCGAGCCGCGCGCGCUGAGCCUGGCGGAGGUGGUGAUUGGGACGGGGCGGCGGCAUCAGAUCCGAUGCCACUGUGCGCAUGUGGGCACGCCCACGGUCGCGGAUGGCAAGUACACGUCCAUAGCCACCUACCGGAGCGAUCUGCACUGGUGCCCCCGGAACUUCCUCCACCGGCACCGUCUCAGCUUCGGCCGUGGAAAGCGCGGAACACUGCGAGUGGCGGAGCCGCUGCCGGGAGACCUGCAGGAGGUCUUGAGAAAGCUGGAGGCCUUGAACACCCAGGCCCAGGAGCCUGGAGAAAAAAGAUCGAAUGCGGGGCUGUCAUGGAGACGGGGUGGUGAAAGAGAAAUAGGCCAACAGGCAUGA